AUGAUUCAUGACCGACACGACAACAAAGCCCAAACGGAUACCAUGGAGGAAGCUUCGUUUCUUGGAUUGGACAAGGGUGCACACCAGUGCCAGCUUGGCAGUGCAAUUUUCCAGGACAACUCAUCAUCCAAAUCAGCACCUCUACUGGGACAUUCGGUAUAG